CUGCUCUUUAGUUUGGGGCCGCGGGUGGGGGCCAGUUUUUGGGGCGACUCAGUUUUUUUACGUGUGUGGAGCUGUUUACUUCGCUCCGUGGAAAAUCCAGUGCUCGCUUUUUAAUUAACCCCCCACUUUAUGGUUUUAUAUAUGAACUGUAUAUAUUUAUCCAACGAGUGCAAGUGACCGACGUCCGAAAGAGCAACGUACGGAGCUCCAACAAAGGCUUCCCGCUUUUAGUGGUCCGGUGACUUUCGCCAGAGCAGUUAUUCCGUCCCAGGAAUCAAGCUAAACAAAAGGCACCCACCCCCACUUGAGAAAACAGUGUCAUGAGACAAUAAAGGAGCAUAAACAAAGAAAGGAAAAGCGAGAAGACGAGUGGAACUCCUUUGUCGCAUCUCCAAAGAAUCGCUUGGCUCUAAAAAAAAGUAAAGAGCAAUGACGGAAAGCGUGGAACUGAUGAACAAGUACGGCGAGCCACUGCGCUACGACCGAAAUUUUACGGGCCCGCGGCAAAGGGAUCGCAGCUGCACUGAUAUUCCCUGCCUGCUGCUUUUCGUCCUCUUCUUGGUGGGAUGGGGUUUUAUCGCACAGUACGCGAUCAAGAAUGGCGAUCUUAACAAACUUUUGGUGCCCACGGACUCAUUCAACAGAAAAUGCGGACUAGACUCCGGCGUGCUGAACAAGCAGAACCUUUUCUUCUUCGAUAUGAAUCAGUGUAUUGAUCCUAUCGUACCUUUGACGGGAUGUCCAACACCGCAGGUUUGUGUGGAGACCUGUCCCAGGGAGACAUUUGUUUGGGACACGAUGAAGGACAAACUCAGCUUUGCGGAGCUGCACAAUCGCCUCAUUUGCCUCUCGGAGGAGCUCAAGGCGCAGAUACGCACAAAAUCGGACAUAGAGAAGGCUAUUCAGCAAAAUCAGUGUGCGCGCUGGUACAUCAAGAGUGCUCCAUUCCUGAAACGAUGUCUGUUUGAGUUCUCGCAGGGUGUUUGUGAUUUUAUACCCUCGUUCCUGCUGCAAGGUGGAAGAUCGCGACGAGAGCUUCAACUGCUGUCGGGAAAUGCGACCACUGAAACCCAGCUGCAAGCCCAGGUUCUGGCCAUGAGCAUGGCAGAGGCCCAGGCUCUAGUGGUCCCACAGGCGAAUGCAAAACAGACGGCGGUGGAGGAGGAACCAAUCGUACAGUGCAAGCGCAGGCUAAACGAGGCCGUUAUUAAGGAAAAGAUGAAGCAGACGGACACACGACUGGCCAAGCUGGUGGGCAACAUGGUAGCCCACUUUUACAACGGCACUCACGAUUCCCAGCGCUUGGGCGAGGAGAUAGUAGAAGAUCUGGUCAACUCGUGGUCGAUUGUCCUGGUCGCUUGCUUCUGCACGCUGAUUGCGUCUCUGAUUUACAUAGCUCUCAUGCGCUGGCUGUCGGCUCCGAUAUUGUGGUUCUCCAUCUUUGGUGUGCUCAUCGGCCUCCUCGUAGGCAUAUACUACACUGUGAAUCAGUACAUCUUCUGGGAAAAGACCGCUACUGUUCCGAUCCACAGUUAUAAUCUACAAUCCACGGUCAAGAACGUCCUGCAAAACCAGAACACCUGGCUCUACCUAUCGAUUUUCGUGGGCGUGUGCUUUGUCGUUAUACUGCUCUUAGUGAUCGUGCUAAGAAAGCGCAUUCGGAUAGCGAUUGCUCUGACCAAGGAAGGCAGCAAGGCAGUGAGCAGUGUGAUUAGCACCGUCUUUUUCCCCAUCUUGUCCUGGAUACUCUUCAUAGCCACUAUUGCGUUCGCUAUCGGCGUUGGCUUGUACUUGGGAUCCAUUGGAACGCCUUCCUUUAGGAUGGUUCGUCAGUUGACUGAAAGUGGAGAAGUGACAAACGAGGACUGUAUCUGCGAGGGUGCGGCUAUCAACUACACAGUGGGUGGCUCUUGUGAACCGAAAGUAUUCCAGCAAAAUUGCUACGUUCGGCAGACCACAUUUUUCCAGCAAUCGCAGCGGUUCACCUGUUCGAAAACCACCUGCAGCUUUAACUCGAUUGAUAACCCGACAGCGAUCAAGUGGGCCAUAUUCUACAACGUCUUCGGGUUCCUCUGGCUGAGCUUCUUCAUUUCUGCCUUCAGCUACAUGGUGCUGGCUUCCACGUUCGCCCGCUGGUAUUGGACUUUUAAAAAGCGCGAUGUUCCAUACUUCACCCUUACCCGGGCUUUUUGCCAAACUGCUUUUUAUCACUUGGGAACUGUGGCUUUCGGUUCCUUAAUCCUGGCCAUCGUCCGCCUGAUCCGCCUGGUGCUAGAGUACAUCCAUGAGAAGUUGAAGAAGUACGACAAUGCGGUAACCAGGGCAAUUCUCUGUUGUAUGCGUUGCUUUUUCUGGCUUUUGGAAACCUUCCUAAAGUUCCUCAACCGAAAUGCAUACAUAAUGUGCGCCAUUCACGGCAAGAACUUCUGUUCGAGUGCCGCGGACUCAUUUAACCUGAUUAUGAGAAACUUCCUGCGAGUGGUGACGCUAGACCAGGUCACGGACUUUUUGUUCUUUUUAUCAAAAUUGUUGCUAACCGCCGGCGCGGGAGUCUCCACCUUCUACUUCUUGUCCAAUAAUCCGGAAAUUAUUCAGCUACAUUAUAAUGCUGUGCCCACAACGGUGGUGGUAAUUGCCGCCUUCCUCAUUACGAGUGUGUUUUUCGGAGUCUACUCUACAGCCGUGGACACACUUUUCCUGUGUUUCCUGGAGGACUGCGAGCGUAACGACGGCUCACCGGAGAAGCCGUUCUUCAUGUCAAAGCAGCUAAUGAAGAUCCUGGGCAAGAAGAACAAUCUGCCGCCGCGUCAGCGUCGCGGAAAGUAAAAGCCUCCGUCGGGAAAUGGCAGUGCAAAUUAUGAUUUAAUUGAGACAAGUUCUACCUAGAAUAUAUAUAUAUAUACAUGUAUGUAUUUAAUCUUACCCAAAAUCGAAGGGGUUGUGAGCGAUUGCUCAACAGGCUGCAAUAGGAUUUUGCAUUAAAUGCAAACUUGUUUGCCAAUACUCUUAAUCUUAAAUUUAAUGUAUAUAAUACGCCAGUAUCCCUAUGUAAAAGUUUUUUGUGCGACGUUCGAUCGGAUAUGUGAUAGGCGCGGACCAUAAAGACCAAAAGCAAUAAAAACUAUAUGUUUUCAGACACACAAUCGUACAUAUCUCACAUUCACACAGCUUAAGUUUACGAUGGUAUAUUACCCUUAUGUAUAUCACUUUGAUUAUUAUUUUCGAAUUUAAUAAAAAUGAAUAUAUUUGAAGUCA